CACAACUUCACCAGGUGUGGGCUGAUGCUGACCAUAGCCACUAACCUCCUCCUCUGGCUCUUGGCCGUGACCAACGACACCAUUCACUUGGAAAUCGAGUCCCAGCUGCGUGAGGUAGAGGAGCGACUCGCAGGCAACGAGACUACCUCGUGCACAUGCCCAAACACAACCGUCUGCAAAGUCUUCCAGAAGGGCUACAUUCUGCUCUACCCCUUCAACACCGAGUACUGCCUCGUCUGCUGCUCCGUGCUGUACGUCAUGUGGAAGAACGUGGGGAGACGCAUCAGUCACCACCACAUCCCUCACAUCAAGCCCAAGUUCAAGCUCCAAGGAGUGGUCUUUGGGCCACUGAUGGGCACCACUGCCGUAAUCAUUGGUAUCUGCGUCUUCAUGAUGUACCAGAUCCAGGCCACCGGCUCGGCCCCAAACCACCAGGUCUUCAUAAUGUAUUAUUCCUACUACAUUGUGCUCCUGCCCGUGAUGAGUGUGGGUGCCGUGAUUGGGACAAUCAUCCACGCCUUGGAAAAAAGGGAGCUGGACACGCUAAAGAACCCAACCCGCAGCCUGGAUGUGAUCCUGCUGAUGGGGGCAGCCCUCGGCCAAAUCGGCAUGUCCUACUUCUCCAUUGUUGCCAUUGUGGCCAGUGACCCCAUGGACCUGUUGAACAGCCUCAUCCUGUCCUAUUCUGUCCUGCUCAUCUUUCAGAACAUCACCCAAAAUGUCUUCAUCAUUGAUGGGCUUCACCGGCAGCCCCUUGUAGCAGCAACUGAGGACAGACACACAGGACAUGUUGAGCAGCAUGCAGUGGCUUCAGAGCUACCUGGUGAAGAGGAGAGCACAACAAGCAGCAAACAGGAGCACACACAGGUAUCUCCUGGAAAAGAGGAAGAAAUUAAAGAAGAGCAGGAUCAUGAAGCCUAUGACCAGAGACAAGUGAGCAUGCUGGAGCUGGGACAGGAGAUCCGGAAAGUUUCACUGUCCUAUAUCCAUAGCUACUCUCACCUGAAUUGGAAGAGAAGAGCAUUAAGAGAGAUCUCGUUCUUCUUGGUUUUGUGUAACAUCAUACUCUGGGUCAUGCCCACUUUUGGGGCUCACCCUGCCUUCGAGAAUGGACUGGAAAAGUCAUUUUAUGGCUACUCCACCUGGUUUGCGAUCGUGAACUUUGGCCUCCCCCUGGGUGUGUUCUAUCGAAUGCACUCCGUCGGGGGACUCCUGGAGAUCUACGUCACAGCCUGA